AUGCGUUGGGUAGUCUGGCUUUCCAUCACUUCCAUCACCCCGUCCCAUUCUCCCGCUUUCCAUCACCCCGCCCCAUUCUCCCUCCGUCCAUCACCCCGCCCCAUUCUCCCUCCUUCCAUCCCCCCGCCCCAUUCUCCCGCUUUCCAUCACCCCGCCCCAUUCUCCCGCUUUCCAUCACCCCGCCCCAUUCUCCCGCUUUCCGUCACCCCGCCACAUUCUCCUGCUUUCCAACACCCCGCCCCAUUCUCCCGCUUUCCAUCACCCCGCCCCAUUCUCCCUCCUUCCAUCACUCCUCCCCAUUCUCCCGCUUUCCAUCACCCCGCCCCAUUCUCCCGCUUUCCAUCACCCCGCCCCAUUCUCCUGCUUUCCAUCACCCCGCCCCAUUCUCCUGCUUUCCAUCACCUUGCCCCAUUCUCCCGCUUUCCAUCACCCCGCCCCAUUCUCCCGCUUUCCAUCACCCCGCCCCAUUCACCCGCUUUCCAUCACCCCACCCCAUUCUCCCGCUUUCCAUCACCCCGCCCCAUUCUCCCGCUUUCCAUCACCCCGCCCCAUUCUCCCGCUUUCCGUCACCCCGCCCCAUUCUCCCGCUUUCCAUCACCCCGCCCCGUUCUCCCGCUUUCCAUCACCCCGCCCCUUUCUCCCUCCUUCCAUCACCCCGCCCCAUUCUCCCGCUUUCCAUCACCCCGCCCCAUUCUCCUGCUUUCCAUCACCCCGCCCCAUUCUCCCGCUUUCCAUCACCCCGCCCCAUUCACCCGCUUUCCAUCACCCCGCCCCAUUCUCCCGCUUUCCAUCACCCCGCCCCAUUCUCCCGCUUUCCAUCACCCCGCCCCAUUCUCCCGCUUUCCAUCACCCCGCCCCAUUCUCCCUCCUUCCAUCACCCCGCCCCAUUCUCCCGCUUUCCAUCACCCCGCCCCAUUCUCCCGCUUUCCAUCAUCCCGCCCCAUUCUCCCGCUUUCCAUCACCCCACCACAUUCUCCCGCUUUCCAUCACCCCGCCCCAUUCUCCCUGUUGGUGCAACCCUACGGUUUGCACUCGGCUUGUUGUCCGUGUGCGUGA